UCGCAUUGUGGAGGAAAGCACGGAAGGGCAGGAACUUGGGAGCUGGGAGACGUCUCGGCUGUGUUUACCAGGCCCGCGGCGCUCUCCCGGGGCCCAUCCCCCAGCUCCGAAACGCUUCCUGGAAAUGUCCUCGUUAUCACUUCCCCUCUCGGGCUGGGGGCUGGGAGCGGGCGGUCCCCUCCGCCCCCGGCUGUUCCGCCCGGGCUCGCUGGCUCGCAGGCGCCGCCGCGCAGCGCUGCUCAGACCCAGGCGCACGGGCCGGCAGCUCCGCGGGCCGCGCGCUCGGGCCCCGCCGUGACGCGCCGCCGUCCCCGCCCGCGCCUCCGCGCGCUUCGAAAUGAGGGUCCUGGGUGGGCGCUGCGGGGCGCUGCUAGCGUGCCUCCUCCUAGCGCUUCCCGUCUCAGCGGCAAACUUUUUGUCAAAGCAACAGGCUUCACAAGUCCUGAUUAGGAAGCGUCGUGCAAAUUCUAUGCUUGAAGAAACCAAACAGGGUAAUCUUGAAAGAGAAUGCAUUGAAGAACUGUGCAAUAAAGAAGAAGCCAGGGAGGUCUUUGAAAACGACCCUGAAACGGAUUAUUUUUAUCCAAAAUACUUAGUUUGUCUUCGCUCUUUUCAAAGUAGUGCAUUCACUGCCGCACGUCAGUCAACUAACGCUUAUCCUGACCUAAGAAGCUGUGUCAAUGCCAUUCCCGACCAGUGUAGUCCUCUGCCGUGCAAUGAAGAUGGAUAUAUGAGCUGCAGAGAUGGAAAAGCCACUUUUACUUGCAUUUGUAAACCAGGCUGGCAAGGAGAAAAGUGUGAAUUUGAUAUAAAUGAAUGCAAAGAUCCCUCAAAUCUAAAUGGAGGUUGCAGCCAAAUUUGUGAUAAUACACCUGGAAGUUAUCACUGUUCCUGUAAAAGUGGUUUUGUUAUGCUUUCAAAUAAAAAAGACUGUAGAGAUGUGGAUGAAUGCUUUUUGAAGCCAAGCAUCUGUGGCAUAGCUGUGUGCAAGAAUAUCCCAGGAGACUAUGAAUGUGAAUGCCCCGAAGGCUACAGAUACAGCCUCAAAUCAAAGUCUUGUGAAGGUAGAAUGAUAGUGGUAUCAUUACUGAUGGUGGGGAGAGUGGGUUUGAACCCUGAAUUCAUAUUUAAAAGCAUUGGUUUUCACACUGAAAGUUAUUCUAAGUUUAAUAACUUACAUAAACACGUAAGCAACUGUGCUCCUUCCGAUCUCUGUCCAUUGUUUAGAUUUACAGCAGAAUUUGAUUUCCGGACAUAUGAUUCGGAAGGCGUGGUACUGUACGCAGAAUCUAUUGAUCACUCAGCCUGGAUCCUGAUUGCGGUUCGUGAUGGAAAGUUUGAAGUUCAGCUUAAGAACGAACAGACAUCCAAAAUCACAACUGGAGGUGGCAUUAUUAAUAACGGUGUGUGGCAUACGGUGUCUGUGGAAGAAUUAGAACAUAGUGUUAGCCUUAAAAUAGCUAAAGAAGCUGUGAUGAAUAUAAAUAAACUUGGACCCCUUUUUAAGCCUGAACAUGGAUUUCUGGAAACCAAAGUAUACUUUGCAGGAUUCCCUCGGAAGGUGGAAAGUCAAUUCAUUAAACCGAUUAACCCUCGUCUAGAUGGAUGUAUACGAGGCUGGAAUUUGAUGAAGCAAGGAGCUUCAGGAGUAAGGGAAAUUAUUCAAGAAAAACAAAAUAAGCAUUGCCUGGUUACUGUGGAGAAGGGGUCCUACUAUCCUGGUUCUGGAAUUGCUAAAUUUAUCAUAGAUUAUAAUAAUGCCUCCAAUGCUGAGGGUUGGUAUGUAAAUGUGUCUUUGAAUAUCCGUCCGUCCACGGGCACCGGUGUCAUGCUUGCCUUGGUUUCUCGUAACAACACCGUGCCCUUUGCUGUGUCCUUGGUGGACUCCACCUCUGAAAAAUUACAGGAUAUUCUGUUGUCUGUUGAAAAGACUGUUGUGUGUCGGAUACAGGCCCUAAGUCUAUGUUCCGAUCAACAAUCUCAUCUGGAAUUUAAAGUCAACAGACACAAUCUGGAGGUGUUAACACCGCUUAAAAUGGAAACCAUCUCCCAUGAAGACCUUCAGAAACAACUUGCCAUCUUGGACAAAGCAAUGCAAGGAGAUGUGGUCACUUACCUGGGUGGCCUUCCAGAUGUUCCAUUCAGUGCCACACCAGUGAAUGCCUUUUAUAAUGGCUGCAUGGAGGUGAAUAUUAAUGGUGUUCUGUUGGAUCUGGAUGAAGCCAUUUCUAAACAUAAUGACAUUAGAGCUCACUCAUGUCCAUCAGUUUGGAAAAAGACAAAGAGUUCUUAAGGCAUCUUUUCUCUUCUGAUAAUACCUUUUUCUUGUGUGUAAUUAUAUGUAUGUUUCAAUAACAGCUGAAGGGUUUUAUCUACAAUGUGCAGUUUUUGAUUAUUUUGUGGUUCUUUCGUGGGAUUUUUGAAAGGUCCUUUGUCAAGGAAAAAGAUUCUGUUGUGAUAUAAAUCACAGUAAAAAAAAAAAAUUCUUACUUCUCUUACUGUCUAGAAAUAGUGAAACAACAAUUUUAAAUUUGAAUUUUUUCCUACAAAUGACAGUUUCAAUUUUUGUUUGUAAAACUAAAUUUUAAUUUUAUCAUCAUGAACUAGUGUUUAAAUAUCUAUUUUCUUCAGAAGGCAAAGAAGUAAACUCAAACAAAAGUGCAUGUAAUUAAAUAUUAUUGACGAUAGGUAGAUGCUAUUUGGGUUUUUUUUUUAUGAGGAAGUCAGGAAGAGAUGGUGGCCUAUUAAAUAUGAAUUGAGUGGAGGGUCUUAAUGCCUUAUUUCAAAACAGUUUCUCAGAGGACUAGCUUUGGCUUCAUCUUUCUCUUGGGUGGCUUCACAUUUAAACCAGUAUCUUUAUUGAAUCAGAAAACAAGUGGGACAACUUUUCCUGAGAGCAGCACAGGAAUCUUGCUUCCUGGGAAUUGCAGUCUGUUGGGAUGAGACAUCAGAUUAUGUUGGAUAGGUGUGGAAAUCCGAAAUGGGUACAUUUCUUAAAUUUGGCUGUGUGGGUCACAGAAGAGCUACAUUAGAAAAGACAGAAUUUAGGGACGGAAAGGAGAAUGAGCAUAAUUGGGAGUUUAUAGUUUUCCUUGAAUCUAACUUUUAAUUGCCAAAGUUGCCAAAAUGUGAUUGUUGAAGUACAAAAGGAAGUAUGAAACCAGAAUAAAUUUUAACAAAGGAAUAAACCACAGAGGGAUAUAGUGAAUAUUGUGUCUUUGUAAUCAAAGAAGUAAGGAGGUAAGCUUGCCACCUGCCUGCUCAUACUGUGAUGCAUUUCAAGUGGUAGUUUUAUCACAUUCAAAUCUGCUAUUCACAGCUGGGUGUAUAUCAGAUGUUUCACUGACAGUUUUCAAAGAUAAAUUCUUUUCACUAUAUUUUAUAUCACUUAUAAUAAAUUGGUAUAUAAUUUAAAAA